UGAAUACUAAACAAGAUGGAUACAACAAUGACAAACUACCACGAGUGCUUCCUGUGCUUGCUACUGAGGAAAAGGAAAAAGAAGAGACAGAAACAUGAAGAACUUUGUUGCUGUGAGCCGGAGCUUCUUCACACUUUACGACAUACACCAACACGCAGGAUUAAGCGCUGUAGAAACCCAUUACAAGCACCAGCAAGGAAAAAUAAGAUAACCAAACUCCAAGUGACCCUUGUGUUGGUGGCGGCGGUGGCGGCGGCCCCUAAGAAACCCACCAAGAGCUUCCCCAAGAAGUACGACUCGGCGGUGCACGGAGUGAAGGACACGUACAGUGUGUACCACCACACCGCCGACGAGGACAUGGUAGUGCCGGACUUCAGCCCCUUCAGAGCUUUGUUGCCCCAGAUCCCGACCUUCCCCAUCCGCGAGGAAUCCUCAUACACGGGGCUUGAGGAUACUGUGGCCGAGGAUGACAUGUUGCCUCCCCGUGAGGACACCUACAGUAGCGUGUCUGGUGUGAGCCACGACGCCCUCGUCCCUCCCCCCGUCUUUCCCACCACCAAGGCCCCCAGCUCUUACCUCACCUAUGAGGGACCCGGUGAGGAACCCAUGGGGCCUCCGCCCACCUCCACCUACGCCCAGCCACCCAAGGACGCAUCAGGCUCCGAGGUGCUGAGGUCCCUGGCCGCCAUGAUCCAGGCCCUGCCACACAUCAGCUCCUACACCAAUUACAGGCAAGCCGCUGCAGCCCAUGCUGAAGAUGGAGGCCCCGCCCGCCAGAUACAACCACCCCAGCACCCCAGCUCUUCUUACGCCAGCGUGCCAAGCCAACCAUCCUCCAGCCAAGACGAAGACGGUCCCGUGGUGCUCCCUCUGAGAGGCCUUGUUGCUCCUCAGUAAUGACCAUCACCAACAGUUUCAGCGGCAGAACACACGAAAAUCUGUUACUGGUCUGCACUCUGUGCUGACCUCUGCUUCAUGAACUUGUACGUACACAGCUCCUCGAGUAGCAGCAAAAUGCUUAUCAGUGCGCUGUGCCGCAGUGAGUGAGCGUUCCUUCCUCCCUAACCGUUGGUCACGUGAGUGUAAUCAAGAUAUUUGUUAUUCGUGUGAAACUAUCUGCUAUUUGUGGCACGAGCAACGCCUUUGCUGCCUUGCUGUGCCACGAUUAGCAGCGGCUGUGCUGUGAGACGCCCCUAUGUGGCUACGUCUGGCUGCGUGGCAUCACGGACGCUGGUGCGGAGGAGAGAACACUUCAAAAAAAGCUGUAUAUAAAACACACUUUCAUAAUAAAUUUAUUUUACAA